AUGAAUUUAAAUUGUAAUCGUGAUCUUGUUGUGUUGAUUGGAUUUGCAUGUUCAUUUGCAUUAGGCCUGUUGUUUAAUAUAUUGGCAUGUGUAUUCUCAGAAUCUGGAUGGCCUAUCAUUAUCGUUGCAUUCUACUUCUUUACACCUCUGCCAACACUGCUACUCAAGAAUAGGGAUUCAUUCUCAAGUGAUGCUGGCUCUGUGAGCGAUCUAGGAUGGUUCUUGACAGGUCUAUUUACAAUUGGCGGUUUCGCUAUACCUAGUAUCUUGGCUCAUAACUAUAUCAUAACAUAUAAAGCAUUAUGGUUUGCCCUUUCAGGUGGAGUAAUAGUGUACUCCACCUUUGUAGCAUAUCUCAAAUUCUUCCAACAAGGUGAGGACAAGAUGUACGCCAUCAACAUGUAA